CAGAGCGCAUGCGCGAAAGUGAUAUUUGAAGGCCGCGGCUAGCAGCAGUGCUAAUCUAACGUCCUAAACGUUGGCGGAAUUAUCACCAUAAUUAAACUCUGUAUAGUGGAUUUUAUCUUACUGCGCGCCACUUGGUUUUGUGGUCAUAACCACAUUCAGAAUGUCCUUCCCCCCUCAUUUAAACCGGCCGCUGUUGCCCCCUCCUGGGAUACCUCAUCAGUAUGCUGGCUUCCCCUCAGGAACUCCAAUGAUCCCAGUUCACAUGGGCAUCAUGGCCCCGGCCCCUGCAGUUAUGGUUCCUUCUGUUCCGGUCGUCAGUAAGCCUCCUGUUCCAAAGAAAGACCUUUCUGCGAUGCGAGCCAAGGACGAGGAGAGCAGCGGGCCCACAACCACAGUGUUUGUAGGGAACAUAUCGGAGAAAGCUUCAGACAUGCUGAUCAGACAGUUGUUGGCGAAAUGUGGUAUUGUUUUGAGCUGGAAACGAGUUCAAGGAGCUUCUGGAAAACUUCAAGCGUUUGGUUUUUGUGAAUACAAAGAGCCGGAGUCCACCUUGCGAGCUCUACGGCUGCUUCAUGACCUGCAGAUUGGAGACAAAAACCUGCUGGUGAAGGUGGACGCAAAGACUAAAGCUCAGCUGGAUGAGUGGAAAGCCAAGAAGAAGACAGCAAAUGGGCAAAAUAAGAAGGAACAAGAAGAAGGAGGUGACGAUGUGGAGGUUCUUGAUGAGGAGACGAAGAAAAGAGAUCAGGUAGUGAAAGACGCCAUCGAUGGAUUGAUGCGGGAAUACGCCGCAGAACUCAACGCGCCUUCGCAGGAUGACGACGCUCAGAGGCGAAAGAGAAAAAAGGAAAAGAAAGAAGAGGACGACAUUAACACCAUCGACAUCGAGGAGGACAAGCGGGACCUGAUUUCCAGAGAGAUUAGUAAAUUUCGCGACACUCACAAGAAACUCGAAGAGGAGAAAGACAAGCGGGAGAAGGAGCGGCUGGAGUUCGAGCGCGAAAGGAAGGAGCGAGAAAAAGAGCGAGAGCGGGAAAGAGAGCGGCGGGAUCGCGAAAGGGAGAAGGAGCGCGAGAGAGAAAGGAAGAGGGAACGGGAACAGGAGAGGGAGAGAGACCGCGACAAAGAGCGUGACCGCAGGAACAGGGAGAUAGAACGAGAGCGAGACUGGGACAGAGACCGCAGCCGUGACCGGAGCGCCGAGCGCAGCCGAUCAAGGGAAUUGAGCCGAGACAGAGAGAGGGAGAGAGAAAGAGAACGGGAGAGGGACAAGAAGCGUGACCAAGAAGAUGAAGAGGACGCUUACGAACGUAGGAAGCUGGAACGAAAACUCAGAGACAAGGAGGCGGCAUAUCAGGAGGUAAAAAAAAAAAUGCAUGAUUAAAGGUUGUAUAUCAAA